GGAUGUGUUAAAUCAGACAAAGUGGUUCAGUGAAAGGCAUUAGAUCGGAAGUAGUAAGUAUCCAAAAGUGUACAACCUGAACGGGAUCUGCAGAUCCAGUUGAAGUCACAACAGUGGGUGAAACCUAAAGCCAAGAAGAUGAAGGCGUUGGGAUGGUGGUUAAUUCUGGUGGGUUCACUUCGAUUAGCCUCCGUUUGGUUCGGCUUCUUCGACAUUUGGGCUCUUCGACUCGCCGUUUUCGCCAACACCUCCAUGACUGAAGUUCAUGGGAGGACGUUUGGAGUUUGGACGCUUUUGACUUGUACCCUCUGUUUCGUAUGUGCAUUCAACUUAGAAAAUAAGCCACUAUACUUGGUGACAUUUUUGUCAUUCGUCUAUGCCUUUGGCCACUUUUUGACUGAAUACCUCUUCUAUCACACAAUGGUCCUAUCAAAUUUGUCAACUGUCGGCAUAUUUGCAGGGACUUCAGUUAUAUGGAUGCUUUUACAGUGGAAUGCUCAUCAACAAAGGCAUGUCAAGCAUACCUGAAAUUGAACUUAUAUUUGUUUUCACUUUAGUACAAUGUUGAGAGGGACAGGGACAUAUUGACAUUGAUUUUGUUCUCAAUCCGUUCCAACUGAUAAAAGGCUGUUUAAAACUAACCUCAUAAAGGAAUUUGAGUAAAAAGACUUAGAUCAUGGUAUUUUGGAAUCUGUAGUUAGAUUGGAACCAAGUCAUAGGUCCUAGGAGCUUAUGCUUGGGGGUGCUAAUAUAAAAUUACCAUGAUGUUUUCUGUUGCUAGGGCUUUGGGUUCUUAAUUUAAGUGAUUAUGGAUUAUGGUUCAAACUUUUGACAGCUUUAAGUAUUUAUGUGUAUGCAUAGUACAUGAGAAAUAGUGAAAUACUAGCACUUGUGUAUGCAUUUAAAGAUAAUGGAAUAGUUAAAACUCUUUAAA